AUGCAGGCAACACAAUCCCGCAACUACGGGCUCAGCGAGCAGGAUUGCCAAGCCUACUUCCCAGACUUGUACAAAGAGAUCGACCGCGCGGUCGAGUACCGCAAUGCCGUAGGCAAGAUCACACUCGAUGAGCUUGACGUCUCAUGGCGAGCCGACGGCGUACUUCGAGGCAUGAUCCACGACAACCAACUCUACAUCAUCGACGCGCACGGGGUAUGCGACCACAACCACCGGCCCCGCACGAUGGCAACACUACACGCCAUCAAUCGUGCCGUCACCGCCUCUGUCGAGCCACUCCCGGAUAUCGAGUUCACCUUUGUUGACCACGAUACCGCGCUUCUAGACGACGACGACAAUCACACCACGUGGGCCUACUCACGCCUAGCGAACCAAGAGUCCCUCUGGCUCAUGCCUGACUUCGGUUUCUGGGCGUGGCCGGAAUACGGGAUGAGGAGCUACAGCGAACUCCAAGCGAACUUGGACGAGACGGAGGAACAUCUCCUCGACAAAGCCCCCCAGAUCGUCUGGCGCGGCGGGACGAAGGCCGGUUUCGGCGGCCACGCUCGCGAAGGGCUGCUGAAGCACAGUACCGGCCAGUCCUGGAGCGCGGUCGAGAUGAUCGAUUGGGCGAACAGGACGGAUGUCUCGCACAAGCUCAUCACGAUGGCGGAGCACUGCGGGUAUAUGUUCGCGGCGCAUACGGAGGGGGAUACGUAUUCGGGUCGACUGAAGUAUCUGCUUAAUUGUCAUAGUGUGCUGCUGAGUCAUGAGUUACACUGGAUCGAGCAUUUCCACCAUUUGCUCGAUCCCGGACCGGGGCCGGGGCAGAAUUAUGUUCGGGUUGAGCCGGAUUUUGCGGAUCUGCCGGAGAAGAUGGAGUCGUUGCUCCUGCCUUCUUCGCGGGAGAUGAUUGAAGCGAUUACGGAUAAUGCGCGGGGGACGUUUCGGAAUCGGUAUCUCACUCCUGCGGCGGAGGCGUGUUAUUGGCGCGCGCUGGCGAGGGGGUGGGCGAGGGUGCAGGGGUUUGAGCCGCAGGUUUGGGAGGAUGGGGAGCAAGUGCAGGUUGAUUAUCGGGGUGGGAUGUUGUUCAAGAAGAAGAGGAGGGGGGUGCCCUUUGAGGCUUAUGUCAUUACGGAGGCGGUGGAGUGGGAGGUGCCCGCUGUAGGGAGGUCGAGUUGUCGGUGA